AUGAGUGAAGACAUCAGCAAUCCCCCCAAGGCUGAACAAGAGUGCAUCACGUCGUCACCACCUCCUUGCUACGACUGGGCGGAAGUGGAGUUCAUAGAUGCUGUAGAGGAGGGGUCCAUGGGUGGCAGCUCCCCAAUUGCCGAGGCGUCAGUCAUUUCGAGCCCUUUAGUGGGUGUUGGAGGGGAGGCGGAGGACGUCUCGAUGCCUGCAGUGUCUCAAGAGGAGCCGGUCGCAAAGGACGCAUCUUCAUGCCCCGAGAGGAAGAUGGAUGAUCUUGAUGCCCUUUUGGCGCAUCUACUGCAGUGCGGCUGGGAGUCCCCUUGGACGGUACCAGCUGCGGUCGAUAGAGACCUCUUGGAGCGCCUAGUGGAACGGAAUAUCCAACGUUUGGAUUUACCACCUGGAGUUUACGAUGAGAGCAUCAUGCUAUGGGGGUAG